UUAACGUUAAAGUGAUUUUUCUUUUGUUUUGAUCUGUUAAUGAACAAACAGUGCGGCGAAAUCUUUCAAAUCUCAUCUAAAAUACUUAUCAGCAGGUUUGUUUAGUAAAGUUUUAGAAUCAAAUCUGCUCUUCUGUGUGAAUAACACGCAUGUUUAGGAGUCGACUAGGGCAUGCACAUAUUAUACAGUUUGGAAUUCUCUCUGCGUUAGGAUAUAGUGUCUCCGUGCAGCCUCAGUAUGACAUCAGCUGGAAACACCACUGACGAUGAGGACACCUUCAAGAUUCUCAUUGCCACUGACAUUCACCUAGGUUAUCUAGAGAAGGAUGCCAUAAGAGGAAACGACACGUUCGUGACCUUUGAUGAGAUCAUGAAACAAGCUGUGCAAAAUGAGGUUGACUUUGUUUUGCUGGGUGGGGAUCUGUUCCAUGACAAUAAACCAUCACGCAAAACUAUGCAUAACUGCAUGGAGGUGAUGAGGAAGUAUUGCAUGGGUGACCGGCCAAUCAUCUUUGAAAUCCUCAGUGAUCAGGCUGUCAAUUUCAGCCACAGCAAGUUUCCAUGGGUGAACUACUUGGACAAUAAUCUCAACAUUUCCAUCCCUGUCUUCAGUGUGCAUGGUAACCAUGAUGACCCAACUGGGGCUGAUGGACUAUGUGCUAUAGACCUGUUGAGCUGCUCUGGCCUGCUCAAUCAUUUUGGCCGCAGUCAUUCAGUGGAGAAACUUGAGAUCAGUCCAGUUCUUCUGCAGAAAGGAAAUACCAGGAUUGCACUCUAUGGCAUUGGUUCCAUUCCAGAUGAGAGACUCUACCGGAUGUUUGUCAAUAACCAGGUGACAAUGCUUCGCCCACGAGAGGACGAAGAUGGCUGGUUCAAUUUAUUUGUCAUCCAUCAAAACAGGAGUAAGCACGGGGCGACUAACUACAUCCCGGAACAGUUUUUGGAUGAUUUCCUGGAUUUGGUGGUGUGGGGUCAUGAGCAUGAGUGUAAAAUUGCUCCAGUCCGUAACGAACAACAGCUCUUCUAUGUCACACAGCCUGGCAGCUCUGUCAUUACCUCACUGUCACCAGGAGAAGCAGUUAAAAAGCACAUUGGGUUAUUGAGAGUGAAAGGGAAAAAAAUGAAUCUUCAGAAAAUUCCUUUACAGACAGUCAGGCAGUUCUUCAUUCAGGAUGUAACACUCUCAGAUCACCCUGACCUUUUCAGCCCAGAGCAACCCAACGUCAUGCUCAAAGUCCUGGCUUUCUGCCAGGAGAAGGUUGAAGAGAUGCUUGAAGAGGCAGAGAGAGAGAGACUUGGAAAUCCCCUUACUCCUGAGAAACCUCUCAUCAGACUACGAGUUGAUUAUAGUGGGGGUUUUGAAGUCUUUAACACUAUGCGUUUUAGUCAGAAGUUUGUAGAUCGAGUGGCAAAUCCCAAAGACAUCUUGCAUUUCAUCAGACACAGAGAGGCCAAAGACAGCAUUAAAGAAGAAGGUGUGGAUUUUGGAGCACUUCUCUCUCGUCCCACUUCUGAGGUCUUACAGCUGAGAGUGGAAGAUCUUGUGAAGGAAUACUUCCAGACGGCUGAGAAGACCCCUUACCCUGCCAAGAUGCGAAUCCAUUGGGAGGCAGGACUUCAGCUUUAUGACAGCACAGCGGAGGCGUCAAAGGACCUUGAACAAGAGGGGGUAUGCAGUGGAUUUGACGGGGAUAUCUAAGGGAUUUUAAUGCCGGUGGGAAGAAAGGCUGACGCGACAUACCUCACAGUCACAGACGGGAGAAGCUUCGGGGCUUCCAGAGACAACCACCAGCAUCGGAUUAAUAAUUGAAUGGACAUUACUGAACUGAGCUCUGAAGAGGUAUACAGAUUUAACAGUGUUUAAACAACAUUUUGGUGGACUGAAUAUGUGUUGAAUUUCGAGUCUGAACACUCCUCUAUAGGUAAAAUAUUACUAAUUUUAUGAGUCUUUAUUUUUAUAUUAUCAUUCAACUAUAUAAGGCGAUAAUUAGACAUUUGAGAAAAUUGACCGGGGACUGACAUUUGACUUAUGAUUGGUGCUAUACUAUUAGGGAAGAUCAUCCCCUAAUAGUAUGAAGUGAUAGUGAGGAUCCCCUACCAGUAGUAGGACUAGACCCCUUAUCCCAGGAUUGGAACUGGGAUUUACCAGGUCAUGUUUGGACCUUAAUUGUGCAAGUCAUUGUUUUUGUGUGUUCAGUUUUAUUUCAAUUAUAUGUUUGUUCUAAAGGUUGCCAGCAUUUGUUCUUGAACUCUAAAUUGAUAUGCUGCGAUAUGUUAAAAUCGCAUUUGCUAAAUGUAAAUAAUCCCGUUAAAAGGAGUAAGGUUAUUGCCAAGUUGAAACGUGAAAAGAGCUAGAUUAUAUUUUUGCAAGAAACUCAUCUCUCUCCAUCUGAACAUAAGCUGAAAAAAUACGUGUAUAGACAAACAUUUUACAGUUCUUUUAGAAAGUUCAAUAAAAGGGUUGUUUCCAUAUUAAUACAUAACUCUCUAAAUUUCGAUUUGCUGAAAGAGAUAUCAAAGAAGGCUGAUAUGUUUUGGCCCAGGGAAAAUUGGAUCAGCAUCUGGUUACUCAAGUAAAUAUUUAUGCACCUCCUGGAAGUAAAACAGGUUUUUUUUUUUUUGUUGUUUUUUUUACACAAUUUUUGAUCUUGUGAUCGCAGAGUAUUUUUGGAAUAUUUGAUGGUGACUUUAACAUUGUUCUUAACUGGCAAUUAGAUUCAUCCAACAGUAAGAGCAUUAAUACAACACAAUCCAAAAUUUGUAGGAAUUCAUUAGAAGAUUUGGGAUUAAUAGAUGUCUGGAGAGAUCUUCAUCCUUUGGAACGUAAAUAUUCUCAUUAUUCAGCACCCCAAGGUGUGUAUACAGUAGGAUUGUUUUAUGUUUAACAAAGACAGACACAGGGUAAGAGAUUGUACAAUAGGAACAUCAGAUAUAUCAGACAAUGCAACAAUAUGUCUCAUUCUAAAUUUAAAGUGCCCCUAUUAUGGAUUUUUGAAAAUUACCUUUCAUGUAGUGUGUAACAUAGCUCUAAGUGAAUGAAAACAUCCUGCAAAGUUUUAAAUCUGAAAGUGCACUGUAUAUAAAGUUA